AUGACUUUGCCCACAAAAGAAAACAGGUUUCCUGGCGUUAUUUCACCUAGGUUUACCUCUGCUGCCAACAAGCCCAACCCUGAUGGCAGCUUGAGCUCUCCUAACGUGCUUGCAUUGCCACACGUGCAGGGAGGAGGGACUGAUCAGGGCUAUUCCAAUGUUCAUCCUGCUGUGCAGAGUAAAUCUGUGAGUCCUGGAAGUUCUCAGACGAAAUCUAUCAUGAAUGCAAGUGGUACUUCGGGAGCAGUGAUAAGUAAUAGUCCCGAACCAGGUUUGAAAAGAGUUGCGACUGUUACUUUCAGUGAUGUGAAGAACAAUCAGGUCGAAAGUGAAGCAGUUGCUGGUAAAAAGAAUAUAAAUGAAGAUAAAAGUUUAAGUGGUACACCUGUGUCUCAAUCUGCGAAUGCUGAACGUCAUAAACCUGCUGUCUCUUCUCCACUUAUGGCUACCUCGAAGCAACCAAUUGCUGUGAGACCUCAUAUGACCGAGACUCGUAGCACACCUAUGGUUGCUGAACAGAGGAAGAUAAAUUCAAUGAUAAGUAGGGAGAUGUCGGGCAAGAGGACUCCUCUAACGCCCAAUAGGCAUGCUAGUGAUGUGAACGAUAAAGGUAGCGAGGAGCAUCCGCAUUUCUAUGUAGAGGACCCAUUACACACGCCUUCGACAAGAUCUAGGUCCAACAGCACGAGUCCGAAACCACCGGUAGGAUUUGUCAAUCCAAUCUUUCCUGAGCAGGAAGGCUCUGGUGGCGGCAGACCGAUUGAACCUCCUGCGCUAGAAGCGGUGCUGGAAGAGCCUUCCGGGCAGAAAAUAGCUCCAAAUAUUCCAAAGAGGGAGAACGCAAAGAAUAUAGAUGCAAGGCUGCCACAGGACGACGGCAAAUUACAUAUUCUGUUUGGUGUUACUGGAUCGCUAGCGGUUUUCAAGAUAAAGUUAAUGAUCAAGAAGUUGGAAGAGAUUUAUGGCAGGGAUAAAGUCAGUAUACAAGUGAUAUUGACGCAAUCAGCAGAAAAAUUCCUCAGUAAGAGGUAUACCAAGAAAAAUAAGAGCCUUGACGGUGUACAGCGUAUCGGCUCGGAGACUUCGGUGGACUCGCGUAUAAACUCCGGUACUACUUCAACCAGUUUAUCUGCCAGUUUAUUGCAUCAUUCUUUAGAGACACAGCAUCAUAAACAAGAGCAUGACUCACAUCAGGAUCAACCACACCAGCCAAUACCGCAGCAUAACGAUAGACAACAAAUUCAAAGGAUACCAAGCGGUUCAGUGGCUUCCCCUUCGACGCCGACACCAGGUUGUGCGGCUGAACUGCCACCUCAUAUUCAAGUAUGGGUAGACAGAGACGAAUGGGACGUAUGGGAACAGAGGACUGAUCCCGUCCUGCAUAUUGAGCUACGUCGUUGGGCAGAUAUCCUUGUUGUUGCGCCAUUGACCGCCAACACUUUAUCGAAGAUCGCACUUGGUCUUUGCGAUAAUCUACUAACCAGUGUCGUCAGAGCAUGGAACCCAAUGUUUCCUAUUUUCCUAGCACCUUCUAUGGUGAGCAGCACAUACAACUCCACGAUGACUAAAAAACAACUCAAAGUUAUCAAGGAAGACAUGCCUUGGAUCACUGUCUUCAAGCCCUCAGAAAAGGUUAUGGGUAUUAACGGCGACAUUGGUCUCGGUGGUAUGAUGGACGGAAACGAGAUUGUAGACAAGGUAGUUAUGAAGUUGGGAGGCUAUCCGCAGGAAGAAAAGGAAGACGAAGAAGAGGAAGAUGAGGACGACGACGACGAUGACAGUCCCGAUGUGAAAAAGAACCAAAAGGACGACGAUCAAGACGAUGACGACGACGACGACGAUGAUGAUGAUGAUGAUGAUGACGAUGACGACGAGGACGACGAAGAUGACGAAGAAGAUGUUCACGCUACAACAAAGUGA